CACUACAUUCGAGUUCUAAGGGUUUUCAACUCACUGAUCCACAAUAAAAUUGCCUUGCUCCUCCGAACUAGGGUUUGUGAGCUAUAGCAAGGAGGAAGCAGCGGCGCCUGAGUUCACCACCACCACCACCACCACCAGCAAGCUCACGAUGGCAAGGAUUAAGGUUCACGAGCUCAGAGAGAGAUCGAAGACGGAUCUUCAGAACCAGCUUCAGGAGUUCAAGGCUGAGCUCGCCCUCCUCCGUGUCGCUAAAGUUACCGGAGGUGCACCUAACAAGCUCUCCAAAAUCAAGGUGGUGAGGAAAUCCAUUGCUCAGGUUCUGACAGUGAUCUCACAGAAACAGAAACUAGCACUGAGGGAAGCAUACAAGAGCAAGAAGUUCUUGCCUCUUGAUCUCCGUCCCAAGAAGACACGUGCUAUCCGUAGACGUCUUACCAAGCAUCAGGCGUCUUUGAAGACAGAGCGUGAGAAGAAGAAAGAAAUGUAUUUUCCUCUGAGGAAGUAUGCUAUCAAAGUCUAGUUUCACUCUCCGGCCUAGUUACUAGAAAUGAUUCAACUCUUUUUGAAUAUUCGCUUAUGUAUUCUCCCUUUUUGCUUUUGGUUUAACUCAAAGUUUUUUUAUGGAACAGCCAAAUCUCUCUUACUCGAGAGUCAUGUAUCUCAUAAACACAAAAACCACACAUUUGAAAAUGAGAUUUUAGGAACGCA